AUGGCGCAGAGUACGUGGAAGGAUGGCCGAAUAUUAAAUGUGAUCGACACUCCAGGUGUUGCAGGCUGUCCUCUUGGUAAAAUAUGCAUAUUCUGGACAGCUGGAGCUCAUUGUCCAAUGUCAAUAGCACAUUUCAUUGACCUUGUAUUUGUUGCAACAAGUGAAAAAGGCCUGUUUGAUACAAAUGUACCGAAAGAAGUUAUUGAUAAAGAAAUUGUCAAGUGCAUAAACCUUGCAAAGGACGGGAUACAUGGUGUUCUUUUUGUGCUCUCGCUUAAAAAUCGAUUUACUGCUGAAGAAGCAGAAGCUAUGGAUAACUUGGAAAUGCUGUUUGGACCAACAAUCGUAAACUAUAUGGUGAUUAUCUUUACCGGUGGUGACGAGCUGGAAAAUAGCGAUAGAACAUUCGAAGACUGCAUGGAAGAAUUCCCAACAAAUCUCAAGAGAAUCAUAAAUCGCUGCAAUUCAAGAAUGGUUGUUUUCAACAAUCAUAAAAGCGCAUCGGCAACAGUCAAGGAAAACCAAAUAACUGAGUUAUUAAAGCAAGUGGACUGUAUAGUUGCUGAUAAUGAAAAUCAGCCUUAUUCCAACGAGUUGUUCGCUAAAGCACAGAUGAUGACAUCGCAGUUGUUUCACAUAAAAGACAAGGAAAAAAUUUACGCAGAACAGAUCAAACAGUUAAACGAGAUGAUGGAACGGAACAUGCGUGCAAUGGAAGAGAGGAUGCGAGCUGUAACGGCAGAACUAGAAACGCAAUUGGAAUCUGCGCGUUCUGCACGGAUGAAGGCUGAAUCAGAAGCGGAGUCAGUAAAGCAUGCUUUAGAAGUUAGAAUUAUGGAUCUUGAAAAACAAUUACAAGCAGAACGACAACGACAACGAGAACGAGAACAAGAACGAGAACGAGAACGAGGACGAGGAGGAGGACGAGGAGGAGGAGGAGGAGGAGGAGCAGGAGCAGGAGGACGAGGAGGAGGAGGAUGCUCAAUUCUGUGAGGAAAAACAAGACAAGAUGAUCGUGAGUAAUAUCAACUUUGUGACUACGUUUCCCCUAAUUCCAUGACUAUGUGCUGAAGAAUAAUCUUCUAUAGAUUAUAAUUACCCAUUUAAGGAAAAUAAACUUAAUAACCUCCAUGGAAUAAGAACCUUGUAUAUGCAGAGGGAUCUUGUCAUGGUUACACAAGGUACUUUGAUAUAUUUACAUCAUCAAAGCAUGAUACUAUUGUAUAUGGACAUGACAUAAGUUUUCUAAUAAUAAGACUAAAAUAUUUGGUUA